ACAAAUUAAAAAAUUCAAAAAAAGAGUCAAAUAAAAGAUCUUAGUGGAUUAAUUAGAGUCCCUUGACUUUGACGAGAACAAGAUCUAAUUAUACAUUCCUAAUAUUAUUAUAUAUGCCUUCAAUUAGUUGAUGUAAGGAAAAGUGAUGCAAAAUCUUUAAAGCGGAUAUUAAUUAUGUUACCCGUGUUUCUUCCCUAGGAUGGACGCGGUCACCUCAAGAAACGUAAUUUUCUACUCCUUGCUGCAAGAGAUCCACGCCUCCGGAAAUGAAAUUUCCGUCACCGUCACGGCCAACGCCUCCGCCGUUCGAGAUUGGCUCACCGCAGCGCUCUAUUCCAGCCGCUACUACGUUCACCUCAAGCGCCUGGUCGUCGGUCUCAGCGUCCAUUGGACUCUCAGCGGCGCCAAUUUAAAUACUCCGGUGCACACUCUGCAGCUCCUCAUUGGCCGCCGCAUCCUCAUCUUCCAACUGGCUCACGCGACAACUGUGCCGAAUAAACUCCGCACGUUCCUCCUAAAUCCUUCGCACACCUUCGUCGGCUUGUCGAACUUCUGGGAUCCGCAGAAGCUGUUAUGUUCGAGGCACCGUCUGCGGAUGGCGAGGGCUCCUGUGGAUCUGGUGCUGUACGUGAAUUCUCUGCUCCGUGGACGCCUACCUAAGGAGAUCGUGAUAGAGAGAUGUCUUGGUUGAGCGACGGUUUGAGGUGGCCGAAAGCGAUUGGCAAAACGAAAAUCUUAGCGACGAUCAAAUCGUUUUUGCGACGGUUCGUGCUUUAUGUGCGUUCCUUAUCGGGUUGAGAUACAGGG